AUGCUUGGAUUGGUACUUUCUUCCGCCAGCGUGUUUGGUGGUUCCGCCGCGCUUGCAGCCGAUCCCGCGCAAUAUGAUGGUUUUGCGGAAUAUGCUAAGGAGAAUAAAAUGGAGCAAUCUGAUGUUGGAUGCUUUGUGCAGAAAUGUGGGGAUCAAACAAAGGCGCUGUUCUCCAACCCACGAGGGAUCAAAGGUGUCACUUGCCUCGGACGAUGCAAGGGUGAACAAGCAUGUGCGACCAGGUGUUUUGCCGAAUACGGUAGUGAAGAUCUAAACAAUUGGCUCUCUUGUACUAUUGAAGAAAACGAAUGCGUCAAGGUACCAAAGAAUGUGGAUAACUCGGCGGAGAACGUUGGCUACACGGCGGUAGUCCGAAAGUUUGAUCCUAAAUCACUGGUUGGCACAUGGUAUAAAACUGAUGGAUUGAAUCCCAACUACGAUAAGUUUGACUGCCAAACGAAUACAUUUACAUCUUCGGCGCCUGAUUCCUCGGAACUAGAUAUGGGCAUUUUCUUUAGAGUUCAAAGACCUGAGGAAGCUGGAGGUGGUUUCUGGGAGAAUUCUCUCACUGAGCACAUGGUGGUUGAUUCGUUACUCUCCGAUGCUUCACCUGCUGAAAGGACGAUGCAUACGGAGGGGAAAAUGUAUGGGCUUCAGUUUGAUGAGAAUUGGUAUAUUAUAGGUGAAUCGGAUGGCAAAGGCGAGGUCCCUCCCUUUGUUUUGGUAGCUUACAAGGGUCACACCUUGCAAGGAAACUAUGAAGGUUCAUUUGUCUACUCUAAGGAGCCCAAGCUCCCAGAAGCAGCAAUCCCCGCAGUUAGAGAGGCUGCUAACAAGGCUGGUUUGAAUUGGGACGAUUACUUUCGCAUUGACAACACAUGUCCCGUCGGCGAGCCUCUGAAUGACUCAAAAGCAGGCACUGGAACUUCGACAACCGACUGGAUAGACUUGGUCGUUGGUGAGGGUGGUGUAAUUGAUUGGAUUUCGCCGGGAUGGAGAGGCGAGUACAAGAAAUAA